UUUUUCAUUUUUUUAUUUUUCAUCUUUUCAGUCCCCGGUGCUUUGCUCAAAAUUGUUCAUUUAUCCACGGGUCCCUCAUAAAUCUUUCGUGUUGUUAGCCACGUUAGCCACGUUAGCCAUGCAUCAGGUAUGGGCGAUCAACGAUCUGCUGUGCCACUUUAUGCGCAGAUACCUGCAUAUGAUGACGCCCCACUGCCAGUACUACUCCAUCUGGAAGUUCCCGACCGGCAGCCCUGGCGUUAGGGUGAAGGACUUCCUCAAGGAUCUCUCCGUUUCCAGCUGCGAUGAGAUGUUCCCCUUCAUGUUCUUCUACGUCUUCGCCAUCAGUGUGUUGGGUGUGCUCCACAACCUCAUCGAGUUCAUGCACAUCUUCGCCAAGAGGAAGGGAAUACAUGUACUGCGGAUGUGGCGACCACGGGACAUCCUAAUGUUCAGCGAUGGACAAUUGCGGCGAUUCCGACUCGUCGGGAACUUCUUCAUGAUCGUGGCGUGGUCGCUACUCCUAUACGCCCUGGUAUCCGUCAAGCCGCAGUUCAUUGAUCCCUGGGUGAUGGUUUCCGCGACCGCCACGUCCAUAGAUGGAUUCUUCCUGUUCCUGGAUGUCCUGAGGCGUCGCAGGAUGUGUGGUCUGCGUUCCUUGCUGCUCCUCUCGAUUACGUUGAUCAAUGCGUUUUGUGUCCAGUGUGUGAAGGCGUCCUUGGAGCGGAUCAUCCAUCAGAACGCUCAGCGGAAUCUCGUGUGGUGGAGGUGAUCUCCCAAAUUUUCUGUGAUUUUUAGUUUUGUGACGAAUAUAUAUAUAUAUAUAUAUCUUCGCCCA